CAUAGCAGGAAGCACAUACAGAACACAAGGCUCUUUCUCCCUUUCCAGGCUUUCAAGUUUCAAACCUCUUCCUGAAUUCAGUGAGUAGCUUCCUCUCAGCUCACAGAUGGGUGCUGCAAAGACUGAGGAGGCUUCCAUAGGCAUGCUGAAGAUAGAGCCCCCUACUCCAGACUGCCUGCAAGAAGUAGACAUGGGUAAAAAGCUUCAAGGAAAAUGUCUCAGAAUCAUCUCCUCUGAGUCUCCUGCUAAGCUUUACUGCUGCUAUGCAGUGAUCACAGUCCUCACUGUAGCAGUAAUUGUGCUUUCUGUUGCUUUGUCAGUGAGAAGAAACAAAUGGGUUGUGGAGAGCGGAGAACCUUGCUAUGCCACCUGCCCAAGUGGAUGGAUUGGAUUUGGGAGUAAAUGUUUUUAUUUUUCUGAAGACAUGAGAAACUGGACAUUCAGCCAGACCUUCUGCAUGACACAAGAGGCCCAUCUGGCUCUAUAUGACAGCCAAGAAGAGCUGAAUUUCCUGAAGAGGUACACAGGGGCUUCUGACCACUGGAUCGGCCUGCACAGAGACUCACCAGAGCACCCUUGGAGAUGGACAGACAACCCUGAGUAUAACAACUUGAUUCUCUCCGGUGGAGGAGGAGGAGAAGGUACCUACCUGAAUGACAGUAGGAUCAGCAGCAGCAAAGACAACAUACCUAGGAAGUGGAUUUGUAGCAAGUCCAACAGCUGUACUUCACAGCGCCCAGAAAUUUUAAAUCCAGGCUAGGGAAUGUGCCAAAGCAUGCGUGAGAAACAGAUGCUCUGUGACCUGCUAUCUACAGUUGCUGCUCUACUCCUGAUCUACCAAAUCGUUAUCAAACCCAUCAAUAGUAUGUGUUCACAGCAAUGAUGAAAACUGGCUUAGAGGAUUAUAGAUACAAGGAAUUAGGAGAGCACAGAUGACUCUAAAUCAAAUAGGGUUUGAGUAUGGGUUAAUACUCAUACUCACCUCUUCAACCUAAAUUAUAAACACAUUUGUGUUAGUGAAGUCCAAUUUAUGAUAAGAUAUAAAUUUGUUUAUUGAUUCUUGCUUUGAAUGCAAUAGACCUAAAAAGGUGGGGUGACUGAACCCAUGGAAAUGACUCAAUAAUCAAAAGAAGGAUGAUAAUUGGUAGGUGGCCUCCACAGAUUGUUAUAAACAUGGUCAUCAUUCAUCUACAAUAUUCAAUGACCAAUAUGAAGGUAGAUCUAAACAGGAUUAAAAUCAGUGCUGUUCACUCCUUGAUUUAAUAGCAUUGUAAAAUGAUUUUAGACCUUUUUUUCUCAGUUUUCAUUUUUAAAUUAAAACAGAAUAAGAAUAUGUUACAGGCAAAUGCCAUUUUAUUUACCCAAUUUAAUUUUUUUUGAGAAUUUCAUAUAUGAAUAAGCCAUUUGAAUUUUAUUCUUAUUAGGUUCGUUUCAGAUCAGGAGACAGUUAACUACUGAACCUCCUUCAAAAUAUUUGAUGCCUAAUCUUGUAAUCAUUUAGACAUUGUUAAAUUUUAAGAACAAAAUAUUUUUAAAAAUUCAGAUCAGGUGCUACACUGUACUGAUGAGUCCCAAGGAGGACGAAAUAGCAGGUCACAAGCAAUUCUUCCUUUGUCUACGGAUAUUUGAAUUCUACCUCCUCACGCAUGCUAGGCAAAUGCUGCACUACUGACGCUUACCACCAUCCCUUUUUGUAAAUGUUGUUUCAUAACAAGGCCACAGUUUAAACCCCAGAUGACUGGGAUUGUAGCUGUGUAUCACUACAGAGGACAUAGAUUUACUCCUAUCAAGUUUUGGGUCAGGCACAGGGACAUGGCUCUGAAGGUAAAGGCACUUGCCACUAAGACGGACACCUGAGUUUGACACCUGGACCCACAAGUUGGAAGCGAAAACCUUCUGCAACCAAGUCCUGUGACCUCCAAAUUUGCACCGUACACAUUCACACACACAAAUAAAUAUUGAAAUUAAAUAAAUAUUCUAAAGUUC